AUGACAUCCGGGCUGCCCAGUCUGCCCCCUAUUCGUUCAUCUGCUCUGCGUAAACAGGCAUUUACUGAUAUUUCAGUAUACCGCCUUGGCCCGAACCCUUCCCUCGAAGAACUUGAUCGAGUCGAGAACACAGACAAUAACCGUCUCUCUUUUCUCGGACGUUCUACACUCGAAUAUGCAUUCACCAAAUGCACCUCUCAUUCGUUCCCUGACCAAGACCGUAGGUUGGACGACGGACUGGCUUUGUGCGCCCAUACGUACGAUAUCGUCAAGUUGCUCAAUGUUGCUUGGACUGGGACGCCAGUCACGGAUAAAGAAGCCACACGGUUAAUGGAAGCGUACGUCGGCGCGCUGGUCCUCGAGUCCGAGCAAGAAGGAGUACGGUUUGCUGAGGGAGUUGUAACGCAUAUCUUCCAACUCACUGACCCCCGUCCUAUUGUUUCCCCGCCUCUCAUUAACAAUACCGAUGUCCUUCCUUCUGCUCCUACUCCGCCCGCACCGACAGGACUCUUACACGACCUGGCAAAACAACACUUUCUAGAACUCGUAUGGGAGGACAGUCCCUGUGGACCUAGACAUGCCCCAGAGUGGAUCUCGGAUGUGACGUUGAAAGACACGAAAUCGGACCGGAUCUGGCCGUGUAUUGCUCGAGGGAUGGGCACGUCUAAAAAACUGGCGCGGGCUGAUGCAGCUAGCAAGGCACUGGUUCUCUGGAAUGGGUUGGGAUUCAGAUGA